ACACACACAUUGUGAUUGGUUGUAAAAGAACAUGACGUCCCCCGUGCGGCUAUAAGUGCAGAAACCAGAGCUUUCAAUUCGUUUUCCUAACCACAUCUCUAGAUAUGCACCAGAGAGACGGGACCGGGUGGCAGGCGGCAGCACACGUGAAUGAGCGUUGACAGGAGACCAAAGAGCUUCUGCCUGCUUCUGCCUCGCUUUGCCUACCAUUAAGAUGGGAUCACAGGCCACUGGCACCGAGGAAAGUACAUAUUACCCACUGACCGCCGAAUUGCUCAACGCCAGCGCAGCGCCGGGGACCGAGAGCGCUCCAGCGAGGAAGGAACUGAGUCCCGGCCUUAAGAUUAUAGUAAGCAUCGUUAUGUCAGUGAUCGUGGUAGCAAUCGUCUUUGGAAACGUAUUGGUGAUAACUGCAAUCGCUAGGUUCCAGAGACUGCAGACUGUCACCAAUUAUUUUAUCACCUCUCUGGCCUGCGCAGACCUGGUGAUGGGACUGGUGGUUGUUCCUUUCGGGGGGGUUCGCAACAUCACGGGGGCGUGGUACUUUGAAAACUUCUGGUGUGACUUUUGGACUUCUUUAGAUGUGCUCUGCGUGACGGCCAGCAUCGGCACACUGUGCGUGAUCGCCUUGGAUCGCUACCUGGCCAUAACGUCGCCUUUCCGCUACCAAGUACUACUGACCAAGGGCAAGGCGCGGCUGGCGGUGCUGGCGGUGUGGCUGGUGGCGGCUCUCACCUCCUUCCUGCCCAUCUACAUGGGUUGGUGGCGGCUGGACGACACGGAGUCACUGAAGUGCUACGAGGAUCCCAAGUGCUGCGAGUUCCUCACCAACAAAGAAUUCGCCAUCACCUCGUCCAUCGUCUCCUUUUACUUCCCCCUGCUAGUCAUGAUCUUUCUGUACGCCAGGGUCUUCCAGGAAGCGAGGCAGCAGCUGAAGAAAAUCAACAAAUGUCAGGGACGAUUUCACUAUCACAACAACAACGUGAACCUUGCCCCGGCACCGAAUGGGAAGGUUGCCAAACAGGGGCAUAAAAGGACGUCUCGAUUCCUGAAUCUGAAAGAGCACAAAGCUCUGAAGACCCUGGGGAUUAUAAUGGGCAUUUUCACCCUCUGCUGGCUGCCUUUCUUCGUUGUAAAUAUCGUCAACGUUAUCUUCAAGGACAGCAUUUCCAGCCCGGUCUUUACUUUCCUGAACUGGGUUGGCUACUCCAACUCUGCCUUCAACCCGGUGAUUUACUGCCGCAGCUCGGACUUCAGGCACGCCUUCAGGACGGUGCUGUGGGGCUGCAGGGACACUCUGCCCUCGACACAGCACGGCGGCUGUGCCACCGCGCUGCAAAGCGACGAGCGAGCCGAGAACGGCUGCCCGCUGCACUGCAGCUUCGAAGGCUCCGCGUCCGUCGCGGGCACCUCGCCGAAUUGCAGCCCCGACACUAACGGGAACGACCGAAAGCUGCUGGAUUCGGUGAUAUAAAGCUGAAUGCUUCACGAAGACAGUGGGACAAAGUAACUUUGUAAAAUUAUAGUUCAGUAAACACGUGUGUCCUGACCAUAUUCCGCUGUACUUUUUCAUGCGUUCACCUACCUCAUUAUUGUUCUGUAAAGACAAUGCAAUGCACUGUGGUGAUAACUAUAGGAGAGGUUAUAUGAACUAUAGUCAGCUCAUGGUAGCAGGAGACAGUUAGAUGAGUGUUGAACGUGAGCAUUAACAGUGAAUGUCUAAACGUUUACAACCAGCAACGUGCCCAUCACUAGAGCAUUAUUCUUCGCCCUGCUCUCUGUUGAAUGAUAAUCGGGUGCAUCGUUUAUCUGAGCUGUGAGCAACUUGGCAAAACUUGCAAAGAUGCAAUAAGAGUGCAAUACAUUGUGCGGCGCGCGUUGAGCGAGGUUCCUUCGAAUCUCGGGAGUUGAAAGUGUCAGUCACUACAUGUAGCUGUGAUCGGCAUCAGAAGAAGGGGUAUCGCCGUGGUCUGUGAUGCUCACUGACCAGUUCUGUGUGUUUGGGAGAAAGGAAGCGGGCGGUAUUUGCGUGCGUUCGCGGGAUGAACCAGUGUCAGUGUUUUAUUCAGUUGUUUAGAUAUACCGCAUUUUUAUGAACCUCAUGCUUACAAUUAUGGACAGAAGUAGGGAAUCCUUCAUUUCUCCACGAAUUUUCACAAAAUGCAAAACAAACGUGCGCGUUGGUGGUUCGGUGUGUCCAUAUGUUUGUGCAUCUGUGCGCUAGUAUUUGUUGUCCGUGUGUGGACUGUGGUGAUAUUUAGUUGUACGUUGUAACGUUGCACAUUCAGAUCAACUCCAAGCUCCUUUCGUUUUGGCGUUAAGUGGAGAUAGGUUUGCAUUGCCUAGCAAUCUGCAGCUUUAUUUCUGAAUAGUUUCGCAUGUUACGAGACUCUGGGCUGUGGUCUUACCGGACCCGGCCUUGACAGCACGCCGUCACCAGAAUUUACCUGAAAGCUUUGGAGCUUUCAUGGUGAAUGGUUAACUUUCCGCCCAUGUUAGUUGAAAAGCUAUUCUACUCGGUCUUGGUCUCCUGUGGCGCUAUUUUGUUCCUGUGUCAGGGUCUUGGGAUGUUCUUGUUCCUUACCGCUUGGAGCGGAUAUUUGUGGGUAAAUGUGCAAUACAGCUCGUUGUUUCAGCGUUGAAUAGGCAUGGGGCAGUUCAAUGUUUACUUGAUGUCCUGGUCGAUAUAUUUUCGCACAACGUGAAAGCAAAACAUAAAGCUAUUUUGGUCUUUCAUAUGAAUCCUAAUAAGUGAGAAAUGAAACAUUUUGGAUAUUUAUUAUUUGGAAUAAAUGUUGGCUGUUCUUCGUGUAUAAAUAAAUAUAUAUUUAAAUCA